ACUAUUUGACAUUGAAGACGAGUACGAGCCGGUAGAGACGAUAUCACUGGCGAGGAGGCAUCCUUCCGAGCAGCACUUUAACCGCGUGUCCGCCUACACACACUCACUGGGUGAGGGAGCGGUCGCCUUUGACUUUGGCCCAUCUCUGGGGCGCUUUCAUGCGCUGGACGUGCUCGUCGAGGCACUGGACAUUUUGCCGGUGUUUGUCCUGCGUGGCAAUGGCGACGUUCUGCUCUUCUUCCUCAGCCUAAAGGACCUGAGCAUUUCCAACUACAUCUUUGGCCCGUUGAAGAUGACGCCCGCCGCCGAGGACAACUACGGCACUGAUGCCUGCUCCAUUCUCUGUCUCAACUGCGUCCCGCCAGUGGUGGUGAUUGGCACCAGCACCGGUCUGCUGUACCACUGCAUCGCCAUUGAGGGGGACAGCGAUGAGGAGCUGCUGCAGCAGAGUGACGAUGACCAGUCGACGGUGUACCGCCCGGAGGAGGACGCCGUGUACGCCUUCAGCACCGCCUCAGGCCUGCAGGUGGCCAUUCCCGAGUCGAUACUGUACGUGCUCGAGUCCAUUGAGCUCUCCUUUCCGCUCACCUCGGCGGAGAAUGCCGACGAGUCGCUGUACAAUGUCAAUGCGCUGAACAGCUCACUGGUGCUGCUGGCGGACGGGCGUGACCCGAAGCGGUACCUCUGUCAGCACUCCUUUGGCGUGCACAUCGUCCUCGUCUCCUUUCUUAAGCAGCUGCACAGCGCCGCCGCCAGCUUGGCCAUUCGCGAGUUCCACGACGAGAAGUCGGUCGUGGAGUACCUCGUCUGCACGAGGCCGACCAUUGAGAAGGGAGCUGUGCUGGCCAAUAAGAAUGCUGCUUCCUCCUCAUCCUUUCCCGUGGGCGUGACACUGUACGCCUUUCGCGGUUUCACGCACAUCGCCGUCCUGCUCAACUCUGCCGAGCUCAUUUGCAAGCGACUGAACAAUGUGGUCCUGCCGGAGGCGGUUGAGGGCGGCAGUGGUCUACCGGUAAAGAGCACCACCAGUGACAUCAGCUCACUACUCGCCUCCCCAGGAAGGCACUCUGCUGGGAACACUGCCGCCGCCGGCAAGGCCAACUCCAACUUUCCGCAGCACCUGGAGAAGAUUCUGCAGCGCAACAGUAGUCUGCCGCUGAUCAAGUCGUCGGCAAAGACGAAGAGUGCCGCCGUUGGGCAACAGGAGCUGGAGAUGCUGAUCACCGCCAUUGACCUCCUCAGGAAAGAGUACCUGGAGAAGUUUAGCCUGGCGGCGAAGGCAAUUGAGCAGCGGAAGAAGGCGCUGAGGAAUAUUUGUCAAAAACAGUUCAAGGACAUUGAGACGCUAAAGAGCGAAAAGGAGCAGAUCCUCGCCGACUACAUAAAGCUGAUGAAGAAGUACGAGCAGACGAAGGACGCGCAGAGCCUCCUCUCCGCCCGUCUGGACAAAAAGAUCGCUGAGCUGCAGUACCAGCGGCCGACGCUCUCCGAUGCUGAGAUUACACUGAAGGAGGAGAUGACCGCCGAGGUGGAGAACAUUGCCGCGUACAAGGCAAAGUACGAGCAGAUCAAGCGCAAGCAGCGGUACCAAGAGGCGCAGUUGCGCAAGGUCAACGACGGCACCGCGGCGGCGGCUAUGUUCAAUGGCGGCGACGCUGAUGAUGCUGCUGGUGGUAGAGCGGAGUCGGCAGCCUUGAUGCCGCAACUGAACACCAUCAAAGAGCUGCUCACUUGCCAGUAA